CAACCAAGGAGAACUGAUAAAAGACCUCACUAUGAUGAUACUAGAGAUGUACAUUUGGCUGACCAAUAUUGUGAGGAAGAAUAUAACGAUGAUGAAUAUACUUCUGAAGAAUAUUAUGAGGAAAACGAAUAUAAAAUCUACUUAAAUACUAGGUCCAGAUCUUACCCCAAAAAUGUUGUGUCAAAAAAUAAAAGAAGACCAGUAAAGUUUCAAAACCCACCUAAAACUACUGUUGAAGAAUUAAACAUGAAAGAAUCAACAUCAGACUAA